GUAUUUCUUGGACAGUAAGCUAAGCCAUCUGCCUUCCUCGAAGCUGGCAUGUCGGUAGAUUCUUGCUCUGGCUCCAUUUUCAUUUGGAAAAAAUAGGUGGUGAUACUUUUGAUGCGGCGUCUCCGUUAGCGCGCUGCUGGAUCUGGUGAGAUCCUGGCACCAAUCGUCUGUCGUAUAAGAAAGAGUCAAGCAGUCUGGUCUUUUGGAUCUGUCCUCGUCUCCUUCCCUUCUCUGCUUCAGCUCCUCAUUUUCGCGAUUCUCCAUCAUGGUUUCAAUCGCUUCUCUAUUCCCGUCUCAUCCGGUAGCUAUUAGAAAGCUAAGAGAUCGCGAAGAGAAACUGUCCGGAUACCCGCAUUGGCGACUACAAGUUCCUCAUGAUAUUAUUGACGUCUUGAAAUACCCCCUCACAAACCUCACGGAUACCGAGCGAUGUAUCGUUCACUGCGACGCCACCGCACUUGCAGAUCUGAUUCGCAAACGGGUGCAUUCUGCGGUGGAUGUGUUAACGGCUUUUGUCAAGGCAGCAGUAGUAGCACAGGAUCUCACCAAUUGUCUCUCAGAGAUUUUCAUAGAAGAAGGUUAUGAACGUGCCAAGCAACUCGACAGGCAUUUAUUGGAGACUGGUCAAACAGUUGGGCCGUUACACGGUGUCCCUGUCUCCAUCAAGGAUCAUAUCAAAAUCAAAGGAAUCGAUACCUCUACUGGUUAUAUUGGUUGGGCAUACAAGACAGUUGCUGAUAGUGAUGCCGUCGUUGUGGACAUUUUGCGCAAAGCCGGAGCUAUUCUUUAUGUCAAAACUCAAAAUCCACAAACAUUACUUUCGUUAGAAACAAAUAACAGUGUAUUUGGACGAACUGUGAGCCCUUUCAAUCGGAAUUUGACUCCUGGUGGAAGUUCUGGAGGCGAAAGUGCCCUUAUUGCCUGUCAUGGUAGUCCUCUUGGUGUAGGAACGGAUAUUGGUGGCAGCGUCAGAAUCCCAGCUGCUCACUCUGGAUUGUAUGGUUUGAAGGGGUCUGUUGCCCGAUUGCCGCAUGCAGGGCUUUUAGGUACACAUGACGGGAUGGAGGCUAUCGUAGGUGCUGUUGGGCCUCUCGCAACAUCAGCAAGAGAUCUCGGGUUAUUCUGUCGGGUGAUGCUAGACGCGCAGCCCUGGCUGGUAGAGCCUCCUUUAUUAGAAAUGCCCUGGAAGAGAGAGGUUGCUAAAGGAGAGGGAGUCCCAAAGAAACUAUCAAUCGCCAUUCUAUUUGACGACGGGGUGGUUGCACCGCACCCACCUAUCACGCAAGCUUUAAGGAAAUACAAAGAUGCUCUGAUAACAGCUGGCCACGACGUAAUUGAAUGGCAGCCACUGGACCAUCAGAAUGGAUGGGAUCUAAUUGCCAAGUUAUAUUUGUUGGAUGGCGGUGCAGAGUACCACGACACCAUUCAAAGUGCUGGAGACACGGCAGUUCCUCUGACCAACUGGAUUUUAGACCACGCACAAGGCCGCAAAUCUUACACACCAGCGGACAUGUUCCGCCUGAACUUGGAGCGGGACGCUUUUCGGGCCAAAGCACUGGUUCACUGGAACGAGACCCGUCAUCGCACGGCUACAGGACGUCCUGUUGAUGCGAUCUUGUGUCCCGUUGCACCUACUCUGGCACCACCACACGAUUCUACUGCAUGGUGGGGAUACACGUCUCACUGGAAUUUACUGGACCUGCCAGGUGUUGUUUUCCCUGUCGGGAGAUUCGCCGCUGCUGAUGCAUUUGCAGUGGAGCCUUUACCGCCAGCCCGCGGAGAUGUGGAGACCUUUAUUCACGGACAAUGGAACCCAGCCACAUACGAUAACGCGCCUAUAGGUUUGCAGCUAGUUGGUCGUCGGCACAACGAAGAAAAACUGUUAGCAAUGCUAGAUAUCGUGGAAAGCAGCGUACCCGGUCAUACUUCGUUGGGGAGUCUACAUAAUGGAAAUGCGUAAGUAAUAUAUAUACCAGCGUACUUACUGUGCGAAACGAAUACCUACUGCUAUAGUAUGGGGAUAGAUAGGCGCUUCAAGUGCCGUAUAUAUCAGGCAAUUACGGUAGUUCGCUAGUCUCACAUUUGAUCGAUAUCUAUGAUGAGCUCUUUUUCUUGUUUAAACAUUGCGUUUAGCACUGCUUUCUGCUUGCUUUUAUCAGAAAUGUCAUCGGACCUUCACGCUUCCGUCAUUGCUUUGGAUUACUCGGGAGGAGACCGACAAGAGAGGGUACGGCGCUCAUCAUGGUGUUUUGGCGCUGGUAUAGUACCGCGGUCGAACUUUGCAGGUGACUCGACAUGGUUCAUGAGUAGAGCUCUUAGCGGUUCCGCAGGACCCUACACGAUACCCAUCAUUCGUUGCCCGUAACACUUGCCAGUGCACAUGCAGCGUAGCCCAAGUCGGAAUAUAUAAGCGCCACUGCUUCUAGAAAAUAUUGGCUGUACGCAGUAUUGGCUGUCGAAUCAUGGCUGUAUGCACUGAUGUGAAAGCUAUUGCGAGCCUUUUCUGGAAUAUCUGCACUAUUUUUUUUGGUUUUUCGCUGGUGAGUCUAUGAAGCUAUCUACACGCAUGACUUCUUUUAGCCGAGUCUUUCGUCCUCAUCUCCAUAUUGUUAUUAUGUCACCGAGGCACGGUAUCUGGACCGUACGCUCCGCUCCGCUCCCUCUCCCUCCUCACCCUAAUUUGGAUCCUGCUAUGACUCCAACAAAUACCAGUAUCCUGUGCAUCAGCGGUCUGGAAGAUUCAAGAGUGUCGCCGCCCAGUCAUUUUGAUGCUGCAAAGAAUCCAGUUAGAUACUGGAUCUACAGCCCCGGACAAAGUAUAUAAGGCUCGAGGAAUGAUAAGGUGAAGGAUAUCCAUCCAAUCCCACAUCUCAUACUCCAACCUUCCAGCUCAAGAUGCCGACCAACGCUUUCUAUACUAUCAGCGUCUACGACGGAAAGAACAGAUUUCCGGACUCGGUUUGGGCCACCCUACGUGCUGAUGCUGGUGCUGCAAACCUGAUCCUCCCUCAUGCUGAAAAGACUUUCAGGGAAUUUUCGACGGGUAAUCAGUUCUGGAUCACUUGCACGUCGCCAAAUUCUCAGGAGUUCGAUUUCAUUCUCGCCUGCACUGAGGGACCACUAGGUCCCUACCCCAUUUUUAUCUAUACCCCUAUCCCUUUCCGCGCGCUGAAUGCAGGCGAAUAUAGUCGGCCUAUAUAUCUUCUUGCUCAGACCCUCCAUGGGAAGGUUCCAGUCACCAGAGUCUUUUCCAUCUUUUCCGUCGAACCCGUGACCAGGAUGUUUGCCGAGGCAUGGACCCAACUCACUAACAUCGGGUCCAUCCAAGAGCCAUACUACAAGGCCAAGUUAACCUACUGCACAAACGGCUCACUCAUCGCGUCCCAGCCGUCCGCACACGCUGACUUGGUAUUCGAAUUACGACGCGCUACUCCCGACGACAAAGAUGCAAUCGCUAAGUUGUGCUAUGACUUCGCCAAGACCUCAGAGCCUUUCGUGCUAACCAAAGUCGAAGCCUUGCGAGAAGCAGAGCUUAUGAUCGCGAAGAAGCAAGUCUGGGUUCACACUAUCCAACGGGUUAGCGGAAGUCAAGUCGAGAUCGCCUCUAUAGUUGCCACGACGCGACAAACUGAUGUUGCAUCCGCUAUAUCCAAAGUGUACACCAAUGAUAAGUGGAGGCGGCUUGGGUGUGCGGAGCGCCUUGUCCGACGCGUCACGAAAGAACUGCUCAGGGGUCCAAACGAAAAAGUCGUUCUCUAUGUAGCCGACGAUAACCCCGCCGCUUCCAAUGUUUACGACAAAGUUGGAUUUGUGGGUCUUUCCAGAGAGGGUCCCCCCGUUCAAGGUGUCGACACAUGGCUAGAACUCGGAUUUGAUCGCUCUCAAGUCACGCUUGGUCACUGGUAAAUGGUUAUGGUUAUAUCAUCUUCCAUCUUUCAGCUCCCGUUCCUAUAUAACAAGGACUUUCAACUCUUCCCUUUCCUGAUCCUCGUAUACCAUCUCCACUCAAUCACAGUAUACGUCGACCUUGAUAUCUAAUCUGUAGCGAUAACUUUUUUUGGAUACCACUGAAUGUAUAUCAUAGUUAGGAAUUACAAUUACGAUAGCUUAUACCAUACGUACCCACUACCUACUACAUGUUCAUAUUGCCCAAAUUAAAUUCAAAUAGACUGAGAGUAUCGGAAGCAAGAUAA